GAGGGGAUUUGCCUAGCAACUUUAGGGAGUUUAGUUUGUCCUAUGACGGAUCGGUGGACCCAUCUAGGCACUUGAGAUUGUUCGAUAACAUUGCUGUGUUGCAUAGUAUAGUGAUGUUGUGGUGUUGCCGAGCCUUCUUGACGACGUUAAAGGGGUUGGCGCAGGAUUGGUUCCAUCAGCUGCCAGCAGGAUCUAUCGAUUGCUUUGAGAAGUUCAGCUCUUUGUUUCUCAAUCAGUUCGCAAGUGCCAGGAAGCACGAGAAGACAUACCUCUCGUUGAUUAACAUGCAGCAGAAUGAAGGGGAGACCUUGCGGCAAUACAUAGCGCGGUACACUAAGGAAUGCGUGGAGUUCCCUUCUGCCUCGAAAAAAGUCAAAGCUGGAGGACUUACUCGAGGAUUGAGGCCGGGGAAGUGUAGAGAUUUACUGGAAAAGAGGCCGGCGAG